AUGAAAAACAGGUUGACUCCAAGGACCAAGGGCAAGGGAGAACUGAAGGUCAAUCUGGUCUACGGGCUCAAAGCCAUGCAGCACCGGCAGAGGAUCAUGAGGACCAGGGCGGAGGAUGGCUCCGCCUGCGCGGUGCGUCUGCCCUGGGCGCUCAUUCUGAAAGUUGCUUUGCUGCUGCUUUUAUUUGGCUUGCCGGUGUACGCCAUCGUCUCCUGCCAGCUCUGCACCCAGCAGCUCUACCUUGAGCCGACUGGGGGGGACAUAGCAGAGCUCCAUCUGAACCACACAGGACCACGGCAGGACCCCAGACUGCACUGGCAGGGAGGCCCAGCACUGGGUCGGUCCUUCCUGCAUGGACCGCAGCUGGACAACGGGCAGCUGCGUGUGCAGCGUGACGGGAUCUAUAGGUUGCACAUCCAGGUGACACUAACCAACUGCUCCUCCUCAUCAGAGAACAUUGUGUCACGCAGGGCUGUUCUGACUGUGGGCAUCUGCUCCCCGGCCACCCGGAGCAUUAGCCUGCUGCGUCUGAACUUCCACCUCAGCUGCACCGUUGCAUCCCAGCGCCUGACUCCUUUGUCCCAAGGGGACACUCUUUGCACCAACCUCACCCUGCCUCUGCAGCCAUCCCCAAAUGCUGAUGAGACGUUUUUUGGGGUUCAGUGGGUGCACUCCUGA